GGACAUGGGUGACAAAUAAGCAAAGGGGAAACAAGCAGCUGGAAAACCUUCCUAAGGAGAAAAAAGUUAGUUGGGUGUGAGAAAGAAGAAAACCUAUACAUACAACAUAUACAUACAAAAUCAAUCUCUGUGUGUUCUUCCGCAGCGAAGAUUUGUUCUUCAAUCGAGAAAGAUCCCGGCGAUUACUUUCAAUCCUUCUCGUGAAUUUAUAUUAGUAUAUGUAAAAAGACGUUUACCGCAGCUUUGCAGAUUGUGAUCCCACGCUUAUGUUCUAGGGUUUCGAAGAUACAUGGCUUGUGAUGGUUGCCUUCAUUAAAGUCUUCUGCUGCUGAGUUUCUACCUUCUGUACCUGGCAAAAAUGUCAGGCCUAGAAGGAGCUGAUGCUUUUGAUGAAAUUAAAGAAAGGAGGAUGGAUUUCGAAAAUUCUGAAGACGAGAGACGAAGAUCUAAAAUUGGAGCUUUAAGGAAGAAAGCAAUAAAUGCUUCAAACAAAUUCACCCAUUCACUUAAGAAAAGGGGAAAGAGAAAAGUUGAUUACAGAGUUCCUUCGGUAUCAAUAGAAGAUGUACGUGAUGCAAGAGAAGAGAGAGCUGUCCAUGAACUCCGACAAAAGCUCCUUGACAAAGAUUUACUCCCAGAAAGACAUGAUGAUUAUCAUACCCUUCUGAGGUUCUUGAAAGCAAGAGAUUUUAACAUGGAUAGAACAAUCCGGAUGUGGGCAGAAAUGCUACAAUGGCGAAAAGAGUAUGGAACAGAUACAAUAUUGGAGGAUUUUGUAUAUGAAGAACUUGAAGAAGUAUUACAAUAUUACCCUCAUGGGUACCAUGGAGUUGAUAGAGAAGGAAGACCUGUUUAUAUUGAAAGACUUGGCAAAGCACACCCCAGUAGACUCAUGCGCAUUACGUCUAUUGAGAGAUACCUAAAAUAUCAUGUUCAAGAAUUUGAAAGGGCUUUUAUUGAAAAGUUUCCCGCUUGUUCAGUUGCAGCAAAAAGACAAAUUUGUUCCACUACAACAAUUCUUGAUGUACAAGGCUUGGGAUUGAAGAAUUUCACUCCAAGUGCUGCAAGUAUUCUUGGAGCCAUGGCCAAGGUUGACAAUAACUAUUACCCAGAGACUUUACACCGUAUGUUUGUGGUCAACGCUGGGUCAACUUUCAAGAAGUAUUUAUGGCCUGCUGCUCAAAAGUUUCUAGAUGCAAAAACAAUCUCGAAAAUUCAUGUGUUGGAGCCAAAAUCAUUGGGGAAAUUACUUGAAGUCAUUGAUCCAAGUCAAUUACCUGAUUUCCUUGGUGGUUCUUGUACGUGUCCUGGUGAGUUUGGUUGCCUUAGGUCAAACAUGGGUCCAUGGAGCGACCCGGAAAUAAUGAAGGUUGUGAAUAAUACAGAAGCCACAUUUGUAAGACAAAUCACAAGAGUUUCUGGUGAUGAACAGAAACUUGAUUCUUAUAUCCCCCCAAAGGUGAUGUCAUCUGAUUCUUCUUCAGUCUACUAUAACUGUGAUGAUCAAUUUAGUGGGUCGGAUCAAGAAGUUGAGAUAGAAAACAAUCAUGAAACAGCUUCUGAUGAUUUUAUAUUAAUGGAGAUUGUGAAGAGGGGAUUUAAUUACGUAGGAAGACCACUGGUGUCAUUGGUGGAAAAACUGAUUGUUCUAAUUACCAUUCUACCCUUUGACUUUUUGAAAAGACAGAAGAAUGUUUAUCCAACUAACACAGUGGAAGAUGAACCACGAGAGAGUGUGAAUCCGUUUGUUGAGAGGCUUGAGAAGCUUGAAGGGCUACUUGAAGAACUUAAAAGGAAACCGGCUCAGAUACCUGUUGAAAAAGAGAAUAUGUUGUAUGAUUCGUUGGAGAGGAUUAAAUUAGUCGAAUUUGAUCUUAAUAAAACCAAAAGUGUACUUCAUGCUACGGUGGUGAAGCAACUUGAGAUUGCAGCCUUGAUGGAGAAUAUACAGGAGUCAAAAUUUCACCGGCGGAGGAUCUGUUGAAGGUGCGGUGGACAAGCGGUGAAUUGUUUUUGGCAAUGUGAAUGUGAAUGUGAGGUGUGUAAAAACUAGAAAGUAAUAGAGAGAGUAAAAAGUAGGAGGUGAAUCUAUUAUGGUGAAAACAAGUGUUAGAAAAAGGUUUACUUAGAGUAUAAGAUGAAAGAGCAAACAGAAAGCAAUACAAUUUAUGGAAUGAGAUCCGCGCUUAUGGUUGACAUCUUUAAA